GCUUGAUUGGUCCUGUCCUGCUUCUUAUUGCCGACCACAUGAUGUGCUGGUUUCAGGUAGCCAGUUGUGUAAGCCAUUCGUCCCGUGGCUGCUUCCGCAAGAGAUCUUCCGCGAUCGACGGGGCCGCAGGGGACUCACUCAUCGCACCACAGAUGGCCUGCAGUCCAGUCAGAGAAUUAUCCACCAUAGUGAAUCAAUGACCACGUUGAUGUAUGUAUGUAUGUAUGUAUGUAUGGGGAGCAACUCGAAUACAUACCUGUAUUUGCGCGGCUGAGUAGGUCUGGAAUGACUCCUUGUGCAGUGGCGGGAAGUCCUUGGCCGUCACAGCAACGGUCUCCUCGCGAGACGCACCACGACGACCUUCGCGAGCAAACACAAGGGCAUCCAGAGCACUCGCAUGCAGCCCUACGUACCUCUGCUGGUGUAUUUGUAGGGUUGCGGUCCGCCUUUGGGAUGUCUCUGUCUGUUGUCGUUGUCGUGGUUCCUAUAGGGUGCGUUCCGGCCCCCGCCCUCCUGUGGGGCCGCCUGCUUGGACGGCGGCCCUGCUGCCGGUGGUGAAGGCGCCGGUGCUGGUGCUGGUGCGGGGGGAGGGGGGGGAGGGGGCGGGGGAGGAGCUGCAUGACACAACACAACACAACACAACGCAAACCAACCAAUAGAGGAAUUAGUUAGUUGGACAAGAACCUCUCUUGGUGCCAUCCUGCUAAAAAGUCAAUCAUUCAUUCACCCACUUAUCCAUCCAUCCAUCUAUCUAUCUAUAUAUCUGUCUGUCUGUGGUGGUGUGCCGGUGUCUGUCUGUCUGUCUGUCUGUGGUGGUGUGCCGGUGUCUGUCUGUCUGUCUGUCUGUGUGCCACAUGGCUGACGUGGCGGGGGUUGGUUGUGUGUCAUGGGCAUCUGCAUGUGAGGCAUCAUGGGCAUGCCGGGAGCCCACAUGGGCAUGGGGAAGUAGGGAACGGGCACGAAAAAGACGCUGCGGGCCCCCUCGACGGCCGGGGGUGUCGAGAGUGGCAUUGCACCCCCAGUUGUGGGGCCACCGAAGCCGCCCACGGGGUAGGGGAAGGAGGGGUAGGGGAAGGAGGGGUACGCCGGCGGCAACGGGUGAGAUGCUACUGCAUGGGUACCACCUGCUGCACUCGACGGGGUGCUGAUGCCGGCAGUCUCGCUCUUGAUCGACGGAUGACACGGACGAUCUGAAUGAACCAACCAGGCAAAUAGGCAACCAACCAACGGGACAGUUCCAGGUGCAGCCAGGGCGGAUUGCAGGCAGUGCGGAAUGAAUGGAUGAAUGCAUGUCUACCUACCUACCCUUCAAUCGCUGGCCUUGCAGCCACAGCGCCUGGCCAGUCAGACAGUCAGUCACACACACAGCAUGCCAUGCCAUGCCACCAACGCCCGCGUACGUACGUCUGUGUCUGUGUAUGAAUGUAUGUAUGUGUCGCCAGUCAGUCUAUCAUCUCUGCCUUCCGACUCUGUGCUGACUGACUGACCACUUUCUGGACCACUGCCUCGUCCACGUCGAGCUUGAUGAAGCAGGUGUUGUUGACAUCCUUGCCGCACAAAGACACACACACGCACACUUCCACCAGAGAUCCCAGGCAGCGGCCAGGGGGGAAUGCAUGCAUGAGUCUGCCUUACCUUCCAGAUGGACGGCGGCGUGUCGAGCGACGCGAGGUGAGGGCAGCGUCCUGCACUCGCCUCGCCGCAUACAACACGCAUGUUGGCUGGCUGGGGGGGGUAUUUGGGUGUGCGUCAGACUGUGUGUGUGUGUGCGUGUGUACCCAGGAGAACUUCAAUGUCACCCUCGAUGACGUCUUCGCCCACAUCACGCAACUGGAGUGAAGCGGUCACAGCGAGGAAAGCACGAUCCCACAUGCACAGCCAUCCAUAUGGUGUGUGUAUCAGUCUGCCUGCCUUGAUAGUUUGGCGAGGGUGGUGGUGGUCCAAUACCUCCACCGAAUCGUCGUGGGUGGACACCGCUUGAGGGGUUUCUGCCGAAUCAGCCAUUAGAUCUGCCGCCACAAGGCUUAGCACCACAAACCCAACGCUCUUGAGAAAUCCC